AUGUCUGGCAGAAUCGAUCAAGACCAGAAGCUCUUCGAGACAGGAAACUUCGCCGACUUCAUCGUCAAGUGCGAUGGCCGAGAAUGGAAGCUCCAUAAAGCCAUUCUAACCUCUCGAUCAGAGUGGUUCCGCCGCGCCAUCUGCGGAGACUUCAAGGAAGCUAGGGAGAAUGAGCUCGUCCUUGAGGAGAAGGAUCCCGACUCGGUCCAUGCCAUGCUGCUAUGGGUCUACACCAAAACCUGCCAAUCUUUCGAUCCCUCCAUCUUCGCCAACGAAGACCUCCUCUACGGCGCCUACGCCGAGCUCUACAAAACGGCCGACUUCUUCCUGCAAGCCGACCUCAAAAAGGAAGUCCGUGGCCUCCUGGCCGCGCACCUGAUGUCGAGGGCCGUCCAGAUGGCAAAGCUCUACUGCAAGAAUCCCCCGCACGCAGGCCACGAGGUUUUCCUUAGCGACGACGUGCUGCGCGGGCUGAAGCUCGGCCUCGAGGUCGCGUACUCGUACGACUUUCCUGAAUUGCACGCCGUCUUCCGCCAGAUCGUCGAGAUGACCAGCUUCUGGGUCCUCGAGGACGCCAAGUUCGUCGAGAUACUUGAUGAGGUGCCCUUAUUCGCUGUUGAUAUCAUCAAGCUGAUUCCUAGGAGCUCACAUUUCUUACAUGUACCCGUGGCGGUGCGUCAGGGCCGUGCGAUGAACGCGCAGAACCAACCAAGGGCUAGGGUGGAUGACAAUGGACUGGCUGCCGGGGGUUGGCUCGGGAAGUUCGGCCGUGGGGUUAAGCGGGCUUGUCGUGGCUUCGUUGAGGUGAUGGCUGAGGAAGAGUCUGUAUAA